AUGCUGACACAGUUGCGCUCAUACGAGCACCCAAAAUGGGCUUCUUCACUGAAAGAUAUUCCACAGUUCUUUGUUCAAGUAAGUAGUUUUGAUAUAACUUGCUAAAGUUUUGCUUUGACUUCCGCUAUUCUACCUUGUCCACCACUCGCAAAAUAGAAUUUAGAUCUAACUUAGCCCUUAUGAUGUUUUGGUCAAAACGUCGUGUACUUGACACAGAAGACGUAAAAGAAAAGACCUCUUUGGUCUUCUUUUUUUUUCCGUUGAGGAAAAAAUGUGCUUGGUAUUAUUUCAUGGUUUUUGUUCUUUUGUUUUUAAUAUGUCAUCUGUGUCCGGUACAGGAAGCAAGUGCCGAUGUUUUGCUUCUCCCUGUACAGUUAAGCUUAUUACCAGUUCACUAAUUUAAAAAUGCAUUGUUCUUUUAAGGUGAUUCCUUAGUAAAAGAACCUAACACAGGUUGUAGAUGAAACUUGGUACAGUGAUGAAACAAGUCAAGGAGAUGACAAAAAAGUAAUAAAAAGUGGCGGUCACCGUGCUCGUUUUGAUGUCACAAUACUGACAAAUACGGCUAUUUAGGAACCUUUGACAAAAACCACGCGCAGCCCAAAACUAGACAAAAAGGAGAGAUUUUUUCGAUGAUGCAUGUGGUAUCGCACAGAAUUUGACUUUAAUGUAUUCUUUAUCCACUGACGUACCAGAAAAAUGCCUUUUAGUGCCUUUGUUUUUACUUAAGGCUCCAAAGUAGAAUUAAAUUGGACACGUGCUAUUCGACCCGUGAUAGCUCAAUCCGUACAAUUUAGUAAAAUUGCCAAAAAACUGAACAUAGAUUUGGGCCAAUUUUUUUCUCAUCGAGAGGAAGCACUGUCCUUAAUAAAAUCAUGAAGUAAAAAAUAGGGGUAACCGUACUCGAGCUGGAGAAAGUGCACACCAAAUGCAUUUUCUCUGAUUUUUGAGAGAGGGCUGGGGCGAGUUUCAAAAUAGAAUGUAUGUGAAAGGGGUAAGAAAGUAUUAAAAAAAUCCGUUUUUACAGAAUUUACAUCGAGCUAUCACAUUUAGGACACAAUUUGAUAAAGAAAGCGUUUAAAUGAAAAUCAAAGUGAGUUAGCACAAGUUAAACAUCCACUGUCGAGGUUUUCCGUGAGGAAGUUGAACUCAGCAACACGCACACUGCUUCUGUUGUGCACAUUCCAAACACAUUGAGUCUCAUCUCGGCCAGAAACAACCGCAAGCAAAAAUUCCAAUUAAAAGAGUGGUACAACUGUAAGGCAAAGUUAAAAAAAAAAUGAGGAAAAAAAAUAGCGAUAAAAAACAAAAUGUUUCUCAUCCCUGCUAGCUUCAUUUUUUGAGGUAGCCUCUAACCUGUGAUGAGUUGGUCUUUAUUCCCUUUUUCUUUGGAAGGUGAUAGCAGUCAUGAUCUGCCUGUAGUCCAAAAUCUGGACUUUUGUCUGAUUGGCAUUCCACCAAGAUAUAUUUAUCUUAUCCUAAUAUAAUGAUACCUUUGAUGGGUGGUUUGGCUGCACCAUGGUUAGAUGCUUAGUUAAUUUUGCAAUUGGCCCAGCUGUCAAACUCAAUCAAGAUCCACACAAAUCACAAUUUGGAUGGUCUCAAGAAAAGUUCAAAGUCCGGCCUCGGCCUACACUUGUCUACCGCAAGGGAUGAAGUUGAGCUUUCUUUGUAAGUCAAGGAAUGGGAAAGGACAACAUUCUCUAUACUUCUCUCGUUAUUCUCUCUCCCAGCCAUUUCUGCUAGGUGCAUAACAAAUCCCAGCGCGGGUCUUUUCCUCAGGGAUUCUGCUAUAAAAUUGCAAAAGCAAUCUAAUCCCCCAUCCUGGGCUAAAAAUUGGCAGCAAAUGUCAACAAAUCCAGUGGUCCAUGCCCACAUAUGUCCCCAGGGAGGAUUGACCUCACACCUCCCCCUCUGGGAUGACCAUUGAUAAGUGCAUAAUCAUUAAACUUCAGAGUCAUUUUGCAAAAGGUGCUCCAUCAGUAUAGUAGCCUUCUCUUCUGUUAUGGCUGCCGUAAGAUACUUUAGUAAAAACUGGUCACCAAAAAGUCAGUUUUGGAUCCUGCAAAGACAACAAGAAUGCAUCAUACAAUUUCUUCUCCCAAGUCAUUUGCUCUUUAAGAUGCAUGGGUGCUGUCACAACGAAGUCUCUCUUGAGAAUCUAACUACUUAACUACCUUGCCUCUUCAAGCUCCAUUGCGUAUAAGGCCUCCGUCUUGAGAAAGUUGGCAAUUACUGUUAUUUUUUUAUUUUUCUCUUUUUUGUGACUGAAACCAUUUUUUAAGCACAGGAUUAUUAUUCUCUGUUCUAUAGGUUGCACAGUGAAAGACUCCAAUCCAUCCAUGGAAUAUUCCAAGUCUUCCAGAGGGAUUUUCUUUGAGCAUCGAAAGGGAUGACGUAACUGGCAGCACAUUGUCGGGAAAUAAGGUCAAGGCAUAUAUUGCGCACAUGAAUAAAAAGCACUCAGUUAAUUCUAUUUUAAAACUCAACCCUUAAUUUAAGCCCAUGUCGACAUAUAAAUUUUCCAGACUUGAGUCGAGUGUUGGUAGACAGUCAGAUUAUUUCCUUAGAGAAUUUAUAGUUGAGAGAAUUUGAUAAAAGAUCAAAGCAUUUUCCCCUAGAUGAUCACUUUAUUAAUUCUUACCACCUUUUCUUUUGAUUGAUUAUUAUUAGGAAAAAAUUGAUAUUGGCCAUUAGUGGACCUAUAGGGUGAAUAAUUAUUAUUACUAGUAAUAGUUGACACUAGUUGCCCCUGCUUUGUAUGUUGUCGGUCAAUGGGAUUCUUGGUUGUUGUGUAGCUCUUUGAAACAUGCAUUGUACUGAUUACUGUAAAUGAAGAUUUUCACACAUAUUCCAUACAUGUAAUGACCUCACUCUCGGUUAAUAAGUACAUGUAGUAUUUAAUUAUAACCACAGGAACUGAUAGUGUACUUCAAAUACGUUUAUGACACUCUGAGGUACACUACUCCAUUUCAUUGAUCAAUGCAUUUUUUAUAGGUUAUAGGUUUUUUAUAGGUUGAUUCUCAAUUUUAAUAUUAUUUAUGAUCAUGAAUAGUUAUGGUUAUAAGCAAAUUGAGAACUAACCUCAGUUAUAAAACCUUUUUUAACCUGAAUUUCAUUUCGACCUACAACAUGUACCUGCCAGUUUUGUCAUCAUUGUUUUAUUGUGUGCCAUGUAAUAGGUACGGAAGUUGGAGUUUCUUCUGGCUGAUGCACUGAACGAUAAGUGUGACACUGUUUUCACGUGUGGUGGAGUGCAGUCAAAUCAUUCUAGAGCCACUGUAGUAGCAGCAAGACAGCUCGGCUUGGAUUGUUAUUUGUUUCUUAGAAGCUCUGAACAGGUCAGCUACAUUCAUAUUGUAUAUUUUCUUGCAAUGUACAAAAAUGAACCCCUCUUUACAACAGUCACCUUUACUUGAUACCCUUGCUGUUUGAACCUAUCCACAUUAGCUCACUUAUAUAUUGCUAUGGGAACCAGAAAAAAAUUCCUGAAGCAAGGGUUGAGAACCAAUAACAAAUUCAAUGUCACGUAUGGAUUCACUUCCACAGUAUUCAAACCUGGGAUACAUUCACCUCGUUGGAAGGUCCAUGCUGUCACUCUCCCAAGUGCUAUUCCAACACCCUUGUUUUGCCAUCGAAUCAGACAUUUAUCAUAUUAUUAAACCCAUCAACAAUAGAUGAGCAUGGGGAAUGGUGCCUGAAGAAGGUGGAGCCACAAGACAAGCAGAGCUGAUUACGCAGGUAUCUAUGACAACCUGUGAGCGGGAACUACCAGGCUGAUUCCUGUUCGUGUUGAUGCAGUCUACAGAUAUUGGAUGUAAAGGAAAUAUUUUUCUAACCAAAAUGGUUGGAAGCCAUAUUAUUAUUGUUCCAAAACUUCAAUAUAAAUCAGGCCUUAAACAGAUGAUGGAGAAAAUGGCAGAAAAAUUGUAAGUGGCUUUAAUGACUUAAAAGGACUACAAAAGCCUUUUUUUCGCUGGAACAUUCUUAUAGUGAUAUACAUGGCGAGAUAAAGCACUUCUGGCAAAAGAUCAGAAGACCCUACACUCUUAUUGGCCACCCACUAAUUGUAAACUCAAGGUUUUUUUGUACCCCCCUUCCCAAGAGAAAUUUGAUUUCUAAUUUCCCUUUUUGCUUCUAUAUUAAGUAUGCUGGAGCCAGUGAAUUUAUUUCAUACCAUUAAAUAAUAAUACCUGUCUAAUAAUAUUACAUGUAACUGAGUCCAGAAUAUUGCCGGCCAUGAAACUCAAAAAUUAUAUCCUUAAAAGGCCAAGCAUAAUAGGAGUUUACUGUACGGUAUUAAUUGUAAUCUUAUUUAUUUUAUCAGAAAGCAACAGGGAUCCUCAGCAUAUUUGAUAGAGAUGUAGGUGGUUCAUCUUACACAGGGAUGUUUGGUUACUUGACUGCAUUUCAAGAGAUGAUAGAACAGGUAUGAGCUUUUUGUAUGGAAUGGGUUAUGUGACAUCGAUGCAUUUUGUUGGUGAAAAGAAUAUUUUGGCGUAUAAAUUUUUUAACCAUGGUAGAUUUAUUUCCUUUGUCUCAUUACACUGCAUGUAAUUAUUCAUGAAAUGAGCUUAAUAGGAGGCAACGGAAAUUGAGUAAAGUUGGGUUAAAAAACUGAUUUUAAUUUUGUCUGUAAUACAUGUUCCAUGUAGCUAUUCAUAAAAUGAUUUCUAAGGUCCUAAGUGACUUUUCAUCUCAAUAUUAUUUUUUCAAGCAAAUAAAACAAAAACGAUUUCUUAAAACACAAGCAAGCGAAUAUUAACAUUAAAAGCCGACGUUUCGGUAUCAUCAUGACACCAUUCUCAAGGCAAAAUGAAUAAAUAAUGCCAAGAUUUGAUUUCUAGAGUCUCUACCUUUGUGCGAAUCGAGUCCGCCUGCACGUCUAGGGAUGGUUUGAGUUUUCUUAUAAAGAGCAUCUCCUUAAUUAGGCAAUCAAAUUUGUUAGAACCUUUAGUGAGCACAUGAAAUUGUUCUGAAAGAAAAGGUGGUACGUCCGAGUUAUGUUCGCUAAGAUAAUGUUUAUGUUGUAGUUCAUUUUUUAUCCCAAUUAAUUUUUAUUUUUCCAUUGUUUGGGGGUAUGGUAAUGUAUGCUAAUGAAUUUUAAACAAAGGAAAAACAAAAAUUAACUAAGAUAAAAAAUUAACUGCAACAUUUACAAACCAUCCCUAAACGUACAGGCGCGCAGACUCGAUUCGUGCAAAGGUAUUCACUUGAAGAACUUGUGAUCCUUUGUUAUUAUGCUAAUUUGUAGAGACUAUAGAAAUCAAAUCUUUGCAUUGUUUAUUCAUUUUGCCUUGAGAAUGGGGUCAUGUUGAUACCGAAACGUCGGCUUUCAACGUUAAUAUGCGCUUGCUUAUGUUUUGAAUAAAACAAAGGUAAUUUGAAAAGUAAUUUGAAAAGAAAAUCUACAUUUACAUUGUAGCACUGAUCAGAAUUCCCUUGACACGAAUUUUUUUUAGGAAGCAUCUUAAAUGCCAAAGUUUCUCUCUGAUCAACCUUGUUGCUUUGUAUGGCAUUUGGUUAUAUUUAGUAAUGCUGACUUGAGAAUUAAGAGCGAAUUUUAAGGAUUAAUUGCAAAGAAAAUGAAGCUUUGAAGUGAAAAACUGAAAUUAUCACCACUCAGCAGAAGGAUUUACUGUACACUACUUUAUUUAGCAAACAUGGUUGUUUAUAGUUUGUGCUAAAUGCUACUUCUCAUCUUUUUGGUAAAAGGUUCCUGUAUUUAACAGAUGCCUAAAUUACCGGUAUUAAGAAGGUGCUAGUAGGGCCAGUCCAUAGGCAUCUACUCAGAAAAGUGUGCACUCUUCUUUUAAGGAAAUAUAAAUUAAAGGAUGAUCAAUCCAGGUCCAUAUAUCUUUUAGCGUCUCACACAGAUGUUCUUUGGGAAUUGUCACGUGUUCCACUAUAUGACGUUAGUGGGGCAGGAAUGCGUGAUGAACCCCUAAGAAUGUCUGCCUGGGAGGCUAUAUAUUUUUUAGAUUAUUUUGUUAUUUUGUUAAGUGACUUUUUCCCCUUUGUUAAAAAAAAGGUGACAUGACUGUAAUUAGGAACUUUGAUUUAACGCUGUUGUUUUGCAAGUGAAGAUGGUGAAAAAAACGCAAAGUUGGGUUUGCGUCUUAUAACCAAGUAUUUAUGUGAAAUUUUCAGUUUGUUAACUUAAAAGGAUGAAGUUCAAAAAUUCAGGGUGCGUCUUAUAAGCGAGUGCGCCUUAUAACCGAAAAAAUACUUUAGUUUUAAUUUGUUAGAUCUUAGUAGUUUUAAUUUAUUGUUUGGAUAUUUUCAUAUUUAUUCAGAAUGUGUUGGAAGAUUAUGAUGAUAUUGUAGUUACUGUCGGCAGUGGAGGAACAGCAUCAGGAAUUGCUAUUGGCAAUUACUUGACUGGCUCAAAACUUAAGUAAGGCUCCAGUUUGCAUUGAAAUAAUAGUUAUUUAGGACCAACUAUUUAGUUGCUUGCUUACUAAAAGAGAUAUUUGCACUCUGCUAAAAAUGUGGUAACAAAAUUAAUCUUCUAGACUGACCAGUUCAGUUUUCUAUGGAUUGUUAUUAAUUCAGAAAAGAAUUUGCCAAUAUUCCUUUAUUUUUUUCUCUGUUUUGGAAUAAUUUAUUGUAAAGGUUGAUAUACAGGUUAGCCUUCAAAGCAAAAUUGCUUCAUGAUUCCCACCUGUUUUCACUAACAGAGUGGGAAUAUAUGUAUAUCUGUCUGGAUUUGAUAAAAUUGACAAUUUGACCCUUGAAGUCAAUAAAACGAAGUUGAAAGUCGCUAGUUAGGGCUUAAAACGGACGAAUAAAUAGCUGGCACCACACGAAAAGUUGCUCUUGGCAAGAGCGACAGAUUUGUAACGAAGUGAACAAGCACAGAAAUAAUGACCCUUCAGUCUCUUAAACUACAGGUAUGAGGUUCAUAGCGAGAUGCCCGACUAAAACAGACCUAGAAUCCACCUUUCGUGACCCCACUAUCGGUUGUCUAAGACAAAAUCACUUCAACUAAACACUUACAAAGCAUUUUCAUGCUUGUACACAAUAUCCUUAUAACACGAGCGCCACAACAUACCUGAAAUCUGUCUGUCAACAACUUAAGGGAAUCACACAAUUAACCACGUAGUCCAGUCAAUCUAGGCAUUUUCGAGGCUCAACAUCAAACUAAUUGCAACAGAAUUGUUUUCAACGCCAUUUAAGUAAGGGUGGCCUAUCUAGCAACAUACUAAAAAUCCGCCAAAAUCCGAUCGGUGGAACAUGUCAAAAUUAAGCUUUAAACAUAGGGGACCCACGUUAUUUGAAAUUAUACGUUAAAACAAAAAAUGCACAAAAUGUGUCUGUUACUUUUAUGGAAAAGUGAAAGAAGAAAGAAUAACUGCUACCUAGUUUUCGGUGAUAAAACAAAGUGUUUAUUUCUUAAAAAAAGGAUAAAUAUUAAAGGCGGUUGGCUUUUGCACAGGAAACCCAUGCUCCACUCAAGGAACCCCCAAAUAACAGGAGGCUUACAGAGUAAGAGAGUGAACUGUUGGCUGUUAAACUACAACAAAUUUAGUCGUAAAGCUUUAAAUCUGAAAAAUGAAGGCCGUUACUUAAUCAGAUUAAAUCAGAUUUCUAUUAGCUGCAAGAGUAAGAAAAAUAUAUAUCUAGUUGGAUUUUUAAGAAAGUUACAGCCAAAACAGAGCUCUCCCAUCAAACAGUUUUCUCUUUCAAAAACUAUCUCCAAAGAAGCCAACAUAACAGCUAAUAAUGCAGCCAUUUUUUUUUUCUCUUUCUCCUAACUCUUUCUAUUUUUCCUUUCCUUGUUCUUUUCUAGGGGGAUUUUCGGGCUCAUUUUGCUUUUGGUCUUUUUCUUGUCAAAAGACUAAGACGUUUGAUACGUUUUCAAAUAUCCAGCAAGGUAAUACUUUGGCUUUUACGGCUACCUAUACAUUAAUCUUCGUUAACGUACUGACUUCCUCACAUAUACAAGUUUCACUUUUUUAAAGUUUUUUGUUUUCCUCUUGAUAAAAGUGAAUUGGACAGGAGAGGAGGAUAGUUUUACUAAUUCUUUACGAUGCACAACAAUGCAGAGUUUUUGAGCGGAUAAGCUCCAAUGACUAUGAAUUUGAUAGGAGAGGAAUGCGUUUUCAUUUAAGGAAAAGUGUUGUUACCUUCGCAAAAAAAUUAUAAAGGUUAACGGAACAUUCAUGGCAUGAGAACUUUGGUUCCAGCAAACGUUUGUUUCAAGAAAGCGAAAUAGUACAAUAAGGAGGCAGGUUUUUAAGGGAAAAAUUAACUCUGGGUAGCCAAAACAAUGCGUAUGUAAAAUAUAUUGUAAGAGUCUAUGGAGAAAUGGAAAUUCCCCACGCAGAGCAUAAUUUACGCAACUUAGUGAAAAGGUUAACAUGUAGUAAGUUGAAGUGUUGCGCAACGCUCAUCCGAAGAGAAGCAUAGGCUCCGCAAAAAGAGGUGAGCCAUCAGAAGCUAAGUCAGGCAAGCCCAUUAAUGUCGUACAUAUGUCCAGUACUUUCGCUCCUUCAUUGACCGCUGCAAAUAGUUUCAGACGUAUAGGAUCCCAUGAUCGUUAUAGAAAAAGAGGUCUUCAGACUUCAUUUGCCAAUGGACGAAAAAAAAAACUGGUCAAGGUUCAGGGUUGUUCUCACAUAAGAAAUGCAAGGAGGGAAUAUAAACGCUUCGAGACAACAGAGCGAUUACUCUACUUAUUCAUCCUGCCAAGAAGUGAAGGGCUGCCGCAGAAAAUGCAAACUAAACAUACAGAUACACUAAACUAAAUCUGAGACUCGCUACAACGAGAAUAUAAAACUGGAACAAUCACACUGCGCUUGGUUUUCUAGAUUUCCCUUACAACAGAUUUGGCCAGGUGUAAUGAAAAGCGCAGACUGAGCGUUAAGAUCUAUCAAAAACCAAAUAGACGGAGUCCUUAGCAGAAUAUUUAUUUACUCACAUGGUAAAGCACGGAGUCAUAAUCCUAAAGGAAGUUGCGCUUGUCGCUAGAAAAAAAAAAGAAUCCCUGUUUUCGAUCACACAUAUUGUGUCCAAGGUUUGAACAUAACUACUUCACAAAACUCGAUUACGUACAGAAAAAGGGAAUAGGUGUGAAACAGUUUGUACUGAAACUAAGCUAUCGUCCGUUGCACACAUUUAGUCGCACGUUAUCCUGCAGCAUGGAUGCAAAUUUAGUAGUUGACCGAAGGUGAGCAAAAUAUCAAACAUCAGUCAGCUACUAAAUUUGAAUCCAUGCUGCACAUAUAAAAAAUUAACAGCCUGUAAAACUGCUAAAAUACUUACUGCAUUUCUGAUAUUGCGCAUAAAAAUCAAUUAUUGUUUUUAACCAUGUUAACACAGACUGACUAAUAAUUUCCCUUUUAAAUAUCGUCAUAGAAAAAAAAAAAGACAAGUGGCUGGGUAACCUGUGCAGAGCCGUCAAGACGAAACACUUACCCUGGUGUUUCUCACACAUUAAGCCGGCGUUUUUUAAGUCAAAACUACCCAAAAUACACUAGCGAUGUUGUAUCAAAAAUUCUUGAAAAAAAAAACACAAUUAUCAGAUGUUUUGUCAGAAUUUGUGAUCUUUCUGAAAUUGGGCUUCCUGUGGUGAGAGUUGAAAAUCUUUAUUGCCAAUUUUUCUCAUGUUUCACCAAACCGAUUUUGGCGGAUUUUUAGUAUGUUGUUAAACAGCCAUUCAACAAUUAAAUGGCGUAGAAAAAAAUUAUGUUGCAAUUAGUUUGAUACUAAACCACAAUUUGACUGGACUAACGUUCGCGGCACUGAUAAAACUAUCCACAACCAACCAGACACAAUGUUUCCACACUUUUAAAAUACAGGCGAAAUAUCAUCACAUUACUCUCUCUCAAUAACUCUCGCUUUCUCCAUAUAUAUCAUCACAUGUAAACUUUGCUGACACAAUCGAUUUAUUCAAGAUCCUGGAUGUAGACGAGUCGUUUUGAAAGGGACACAUGAACGCCGGCCUUCAAAGUCUCUGGCCUGGUCAGAAAUCAGCAUCAAUUUUGCUCUCACUGAAUAGUUUUGACUCCUAAAAGCUACUUUUUAAGGCCAGAGACUCGUCACCGCCCACAUCAAAGCUCGCAAUAUGAUGCCUUUUCGUCUCUAGCCCGAGAUCCGUGUUUCACCCGUUUAGCCAAAAUGAGACGAAAUACGGUAACAUAUUGGACAACGGCAGACUUUGCCAAUCGUGAGACUUGUUCCUUCAUAAGGCUCAAUGAUGCCUUCCGGAAACCUUUCUGCGGGCGGCCAAAAAGAAACCUAGAAAAUUAACCGACCACAGAAAACAACUUCUACCGCGCACGCUGAUUUCAAAUGUCAUAGUGUUUUAUGACAAGGACAGAAUUAUGAGAAAUGAUAGGUAGGGGAGAGCUGCGUGGGCGGAGGGGGGGAGGGGAAGAUGUAAAUAGCAUAUUAAACACAUGUUUUUUGAUCUACUGCACCUUUUAAGGGGAUUUUUGUACUGAAAAGAUCAUUAAAAAAAAAAAGAAUGGUCAAGUACUGAACAAGCCUCAAAUGAGACUGUUGCUAAAAAUUUCUGGAGGUACCUUUUAUCAAAUCCACACAGAUAUAUUUUCUAUAUAUUCUGAAAACAGAAUAUUAUAUAGAAGAAGUGACUGAAGCAAAUGCUUUAAUUUUUUUGCCAUAAUAGUGUAAUAUAAGCAAGCGAAUAUUAACGUUAAAAGCCGACGUUUCGGUAUCAUCAUGACACCAUUCUCAAGGCAAAACGAAACGAAACGAAACGUCGGCUUUUAACGUUAAUAUGCGCUUGCCUAUGUUUUAAGAAAUCGUUUUUGAUCAAGACUUUAAAAUAGUGUAAUAAACCUUUUUUCCCUGGGGUUCCUCCCUGGACUACUUGGUAAAAAAUAAACAACAACAAACAAGCAAAAAAAUCACUUGGCAGUAGUUAAGGCACUUUCUAGUCAGUCAAAAAGUAAAUAAAAAGAAGAAAAGCAGAGUCAGACACACAUACAGGAGGCAGCAUGGCCGAGCUGUUAGCGCAUCGGACUCGCAAUCCGGUGGUCCCGGGUUCGAGUUCCGCUCUGGCCACUUGCUGGAUUUGUCCUCGGUCGUCCCGAGUUCAUAUCCUUGGCCACACUUGUCACUAGCCAACUGGUUGCCUUCUGCCAGUUGGGGUUUUUAAUCCUAUUAUGUUGUAUUUGAAUUAUUUGUUUCUAAGUAUUUGAGUGGAGUGCCUGUAAACUAGCUGGAUAAGCUAAGUGCACUUUCCACUAUAAACAAGCCUUUAAACCUUUAAAAGCAAACAGAUGUAAAUCAUCCAAACUGUCCCUUUUGCAAUUCAAAAGCUAUGUUUGCUUUUCUUUCUGCUUAAUUUCUUCUGUUCUUUUGUUGGGAAAAGUGAAAUUUUGUAUGUUCAUGGCUCAGUCAGUAAGAUUUGCAAAAUGUUGUGGAUGUUGUGCAAAGGUUAAAGAGAUUUACUGCUUCCUAAGGAAUUGUUCAUGAGUAUACGGUUAAUAGUUUUAAUCGGCUGAACUUCCAGUGGAGGGGGUUACUCCCAAUAAUGGCCUAUUUGGGGAGGCUACCCCCAAAGGGGUACCAUUUUUUAGGCUUCAGGUACAUGAAAAGGUGGAAAUUUCAAAUGAUGAUACGAAAGAGUAGGGAAACGUGUGAUUUCGGUCUGUAACUAAGGCCCAAAAGGGCUGACAUCUGCACCAUAUUUUUAUGGCUGCGAAAUAGUUGAGAAAAUGUUAUGUUUUUGUGAUUGAUUCAUUCAAAAUUCAGAGUGAAUUUACAACAGCUAAAAGGGAUGCAAAGUUCUAAGCUUAACAGGUGUGUGGAAGGGGUACACGAAAGAGACACCUUUUCUGUCAAAGAUGUGGUAGUAUAAUUAUUAUAAAUGGGUAUUAAAGGGAUUGUUCCUUUGGACAAAGCCUACAGAAUGUAGUCCCUGUAUAUAACUUGGUAAAAAAAUUGAAGCUGUGAAAAACUUUGCUUUUUUUCAACUUUGUAGAUGCCAUGCAGUUAAUGUGUCUGACAAUGCAGCUUAUUUUUAAAAUAAAAUCAAUGAAGACCUUAGAAUUGAGGGAAGUGAUGUCAAAGCAGAAGAUAUUAUAGAUAUUAUUGAUAGCUACAAAGGAGGAGGAUAUGGCGUGUCAACUCAACAUGAGCUAGGUGGGUACACUCUUGUAGGACUGGGGUAAUUGUUUUUCAAACAGAUGAUAUUAUUAGUAUUAGUGUGAGGAGGUGUGUCGCAACUGCUCACUGGAUUGGUUGGGAAAACAAUGAACAAACAAAGUUAACAGUGACACCUAACCCCAAAACAAAAGAGCUGCAACAUAUUGGGGUACAACAAAAAUGUUAUGAGCAAUCAAUGUGAAGGAUGUGUGUAGUUGGGGGGGGGGGGGGGCGGUGGUGUCCACUUGUGUAUACUGUUAAAGUUGUUUGCUAUAAUUUAAUUCUAUACAAACGAGAUUCUACCUGGCAACUUCCAAAUCUUUCCUCACUACCCCCAACUCUUCUCAUACAGUGUAGGUUGACCACUGAAUUUAAUUCGAAAACCUGUGUAAUCUUCCUGGCUUCUUCAAUUCACAUGACAUACAAUACAAUACAACUGCUUCCAGCUAAGUCUUUAAAGUUGGUAACAUUGCACAGUCUAUGACGUCAGAGGGUAAUAUUACCGAAAUCACUGCAGGGAAGGGGGAAUACAUGCUGAGAAUUGACGGAGUCAUCAUUAAAAUAGCAAUUGGUUGAAUCUUUUGGUGUGACUCGACAAGUGGUGUUCUUUGGUUUUAUUUUGACUUAUUUUACUUUGUUGUCAAAUUGAAGAGAACAUUAUUCAGAUUUCGAGAACAACUGGGAUAUUGGUGGAUCCAGUAUACAAUAUAAAGGCGAUCAGGGGAAUGUUAACAGAGAUGACAAAUAAUCUUGGAAGAUUUAAAGGAAAAAGAAUACUCUACAUCCAUACAGGUACAAUUUUUCAUCACUAUAUACAUCUUCCUCCGUCUUACAUAGUGUUUAAUUUAGUCUUUCUGUCACUGAUAGAGAGCCUGUCAAAAGCUUCGCAAAACACAAAUUAUUUGCUCGUUGGCAGUCUUAGAAUCUAAAGGCCUCUUUUGAAUUUACAAAUUGAUCAUAGUUAGUCUGGAGAGGCCUUCGGAUACUUAUAAGUGUCGCUGCUUAGUAGUCUGCUCAGGCAGGAUGGAGCAUUGAAUUCAGCUUCAGGCAUUUACGACUGACAAGUUUGACUUUCUUGGGUGCAGACAUAAACAUAUAAAACUGUGUGUUAAUACUAUUAUAAAACUGGUUUACAUAGUCCACACUGUCGACUGAAAUUACAGAAAGAAUAUAGGAUUUCCGGUUUGUAGAAAAAGCAACCCGCCUUCGAAACACCGGAAGCGUGGGAAGAGCCCUAGAGCCAGUCCCUCUCCUCAUCAAAUAUCUCUUGAACAGCGGAGUGCAUGUUUCGUCGCCUAACUAUUAUCUGACUAGGUGGGGUGGUUGGUCUGUAUGAUGGCAGAAUGGAUUCCUUGAUCACAGGGUUGCCGUCUUCAGAGGGAAUAAAGCAAGUUUCUUAUUGGGAAGACAUAAAUGAUCCUCUGCCAUUUCAACAGUAA